AUGUAUCGCACUGCUGCUUUGCGAAAGGCGACGUACAAUGUUGCUGUGGUGGGCGGCGGGCUUACCGGUUGUCUUGUCGCCGGGCGUCUUGCGAUGGAGAAUGUGACGACCGUCGUUCUUGAGGAGGGUGACGACAUCCGAAAGAAGCCGCGGUGGUACCGAAACACUCCCUGCAGUCUCCUUAUUCACCGUUUUGCGAGGCGCAACUAUGAGAGUUGUGAAAAUGUGACGACGCCGCAAAAGACGCACAGAGCAGAGGACACGCCGGUGCCUGUGACGAUUCCCACCCCACGAGUACUUGGCGGGGGUGGCAUUAUGGGCGGCCGUUCGUGGAACCUAGGUGAUCAAAAGGAUUGGGAUGGUGCGGGGUGGAGCUUCCGCGAGGAGUUGCUCCCUCGAGUGCAGCGGCUUGAAAACUUGGAGGAUUCUCCUCCGCACCGUGGACGGCACGGCAAAUUUUUCAUUUCACGCUCCAAGGCACUCUCUCCUUUUUUUAAGUCAUUUUGUGAGGCGAUGUCAAAGGACACGGCUCUGACCCCUGGGUUUAAUCGAAAGGAGUACCAUGUUCGCCCCGGUUGCGGGCGUGCUGAGACAUUUGUAGACCAACGAUCUGGAGUUGCUCACACAACCCUGCAGAGCUACUUGAUGGAUGCUAUCACCCUUAAGCGCCCCCUGGAGGUCGUCUGUAACGCGCGGGUCAUUGGCAUCAACGCAAAAGACAACGAUAAAACGACCACCACGGGCGUUUCCUAUGUGUUGCCCAAUGGUGAGACCAGGUGUGUUGACGCCGACACUGUCAUUUUAUGUGCUGGAGGAAUUGGGACGCCGCGCCUGCUUGCCUCUUCGCAGGGAACACUUUCUAUUGAUCCCGCCGUGGGCACAAAUUUCUGGGAUACACCACAAGUCAAUAUGCAGUUUCGAACCCGCAUUCCGCUGAGCCACAACUGUUUCAUGGAGCCUCUUGUACAGAUGUGCGUGGGGCUGAAUCUCAUGUAUGGCAAGCCUCUCCCUGCGCUGUGCUCUGCGUACGAUGACAUGAUAUGUUAUUGGUCUAGCACUGGGGAUCAAACCCCAGACGUGAAAUUUAUUUUUCAACCCUUCACGAUGAACAACGACGGCUCCACUCCAUCAGACGGGGCGCAUGGGGUGCAAAUCAUUGCGCAGCUGUUGCGCCCCAAGAGUCGUGGUUGCAUCCGUGCCGAUGGAACGAUCGACCCCCAGUAUUUGACGCACCCGGAUGACGAAAAGGCCCUUCACAGGGCGGUUGCGCAUAUAAAUAAGCUGGCCACAGCGCUUCCGCUCUCAAACAUUUUUACUGGUGUGAUUGGUGAACGCUUUGAGUCCGCCAGCAUCUACGGAGGGGCGUCAUUUCCCGUCUUGAACCCAGCUACAUUUAGGGUGAAAAACACAAGCAAUGUUUACGUGUGCGACGAAAGUGUCCUGCGAUCUCCGCUAUUGGGCGAUUCACUGCCGUAUAUGCUGGCGCUGGGAGGGAAGUUUGCCGAUGAAUUUCUGCGCAAACCUGACGUGCAUAGCAAGAGGGAGGCUGCAAACAAGGAAAUGAACAAGGCGCGGAUUAUUUACUGA